AUGCCGCCCCAAGGCAGCGACCAAUCCCGAAGCAUGAAGCAGGGCGACACUCCCAGCCUGCUUGACGACUUCGAUUUCGAUGCUUUCAUCAACCUUCCAUUGGAUGAGGUGGACAUGGGUUUGGGAGCGUUGCACCACAUAAUCCUUCCGAUCACUAUGGAACCAUCCUGUACUAUCCCGGCCGUUACAUCACAAAUUCGCCGAAAUCAUAUGACCCUUGGACCACAACAAGCCCCCGGCAUUGCUCCAAAAGAACCAAAGAAGCCUGCUAAGGCCAGAUUUUCUUGCUCGCACCAAGGCUGCAAGCGUAACUUUCCGCGAACCUAUGAGCUGUCACGGCAUGUAAAGAGCAUUCAUCAGCGAAACAACAAUCUUUUGUGCCCGAUAUAUGGAUGCCCUCGCUCAGAAAAGACGUUUCCAAGGUCUGACAAGCUUCGACAACAUUUCCGAGAAAAGCACAGUGAUCCUGAGCAUUUCUUAUGUUUUAUCGAGAACUGCACUGCAGGGCCGUUUACCAAAGAAGAGAUCUCCAGCCACUUCGAAGAAAAUGGCGAUCAAUCUUCUCACAAUCAACCCAAUUCUGGAGAGAUUCUGAACGCGAUCCGUUGGCGCUUUGUACCACUCGAAAAUGGACACCUUCGGUUAGAGAGCUUGGAUGCUUGCCCGCUUGCCUUUCUGGGAUGCUAUACAAUCAUGCCUAGUGAUAUUUCUAAAAAGAAGAAUUUUCGGGCCAUCAUAGAUCACCUCGGUGACCAUCCCCAAGAGCAAAGAUUACCAAAAUUCGGGAAUAUUUGCAGGUAUUUCUGGAAAUAUAACUGGAGAUCAUAUGUCUGGUGCCGGUGCCGCGUCUGCAAUUCGAAUAUUCCAAGUCCCGAUAUAGAGAAUUAUUUCAUUCAUCUAUACACAAAGCACUCCUCAGAAGAAAGACGAAAUCGCCGGCUUUAUCUAAUUGAUGAUAUGAGAUCUUACCAGAUGGAGGGGGAAUUAGUACCUUCUUGGUUGAUCGAUGAUUGCGUCGCUAUGGCGAAAAACAAGGGUAAUGAAAUGAGCGAGAUGAGUUCUCGUAAAACUGAGGGUCCUGGCUUGGAAAAUAACCAAACUGAGGAUGGAACGGUCACAAAUACGUCCACGGAAGUUGAAACCGUUGCAGGUAUUUAA